GAGAGCUCUUUACUUCCUGUCACAUGAAGUCGAUGUUCGUAGGUUAAAGGUUAACACACGCUCUUCCACACGUGUUAUUGUUUUGUGAAAAUACUUCGUAAUGCAUUGAAACAAAGUUGUUAACAUGGGGAAGAAUAAGAAGAACACAACUAACGAGUCAGGAAAACAAGUGGGCAAGGGCGAAAAACAUUCAAGUGAUAAUAAGAAAAAACCAGAUGGCAGACCAAAGAAAAUCAAACGAGACCACAUCGAGCACAUCCCCUUUAAGCUCCGGGAGAUAAUGAAAAGCAAGCAGAGAAUGAAAACCGGGAAAUUAAAGGUCAAAAAGCCCAAAGAGAGUAUACCAGAGGUUCCCCAUAGUGGAGAUAUACCUGUCCCACAUUUCAAGAGGGGGAAGUGCGAGAGUGAGAAAGCCUAUGUGCGGCGCAUGGAGAAUGAGACCAAACAUGUCCUCUUCCUCACCAAGAACCAAGUCGACAGAAAGCCUGAGCUGGAUGCCGACAAACAAGAGAGGCCCGCAGACGGGGGCAAGUCUGAGAAAAAGAAGGAACAUGAUACACUCAGAUUACAGAGGCUACAGCACAAAAAGUUGGACAAACAAGUGGACCAGAUCGAAAAAGAGAUGUUUGUAGAUCAUGUUCCCUUUGGUGAAGUUUCUAUGGCCCCGCCGACUUUCAGCGCCAAACCCAGGAAAGCUCCUAUAAAAUCUCAGAAGGCACCAAAGCAGCUGCUCCUCAAUUCUCUCCUCGGCCAAACGGCGGUCACAACAAACAAGCCCUCCAUGGCCCGACAGCGAAUCAUGGAGGAGGAGAGGGUGAGAGUAGUGGAGGCCUACCGUCUUCUUAAGAAGCAGAGACAGCAGCAGUUUAAGGACAGGAGUGCCAAUCUGGAAAAACUCAAGAACCCUCAGUGAUGUUUCAUGUCAAAUAUGUUAUAAGACCCUGACUUCAGUCAUCCUUGAAUCUCAGAAACUGAAACUGAAACUCAGCAGACUGUGUGUGUUUAUAUAACUCUGGAACUGCCAUUGAUGGAGCUCACCACAGUGUAGCUACAGUUACUGUCAGGGAAACAAGCACACAUUUGCAUCUGCCACAGUAGGAGGUAAGUAGUGAUCACUGUUCAACUGAAACUUUCAUUGUCCCAUAUUUAGCCCAAAAGAUUUUCAGAUUGUAAAUGUCUGUAUCAUGUCCUAUAAAGAAGCCAACCUGAUGAAACCUAAAUAAAUACAUCCAGUAAGGUGA